CUACUACUCUCUUCCUCUUUGGCCAAACUAUAACUGCUGCUGCUGCUACUGCUACGUAGGGUUUGAUACACGCCCGAACCGCCCCAUCGAUGGUGCCUCGCACAUCGUCGUCGUCGACGUCGUCGUUGGAUCCUCGUUGCGUCGACUAAUAAUAAUAAUAAUUGUGUAGUUGUUAUCGUCCGCGCGCGGGUCCGUUCAACGGGCUCCUCCCGCCCGAGGAAAGAUGCAGCUCUGGAGCUACGUCCUCGUGUCGGCGCUGCUCUGCGUCGGACUGUGCUCCGAGGACGAGGAGAGGCUGGUGCGCGAUCUCUUCCGCGGCUACAACAAACUCAUCAGGCCAGUGCAGAACAUGACCGACACCGUCAACGUCAAAUUUGGUCUCGCCUUCGUCCAGCUCAUCAACGUCAACGAGAAAAACCAGAUCAUGAAGUCGAACGUGUGGCUGCGCUUCGUCUGGAUGGAUUACCAGCUGCAGUGGGACGAGGCGGACUACGGCGGGAUCUCGGUGCUGCGACUGCCGCCCGACAAAGUCUGGAAGCCCGACAUCGUGCUCUUUAACAACGCCGACGGCAACUACGAGGUGCGCUACAAGAGCAACGUCCUCAUCUAUCCGAACGGCGAGGUGCUCUGGGUCCCGCCCGCCAUCUAUCAGUCCUCCUGCACCAUCGACGUGACCUACUUCCCGUUCGACCAGCAGACCUGCAUCAUGAAGUUCGGCUCGUGGACCUUCAACGGCGACCAGGUCUCGCUGGCCCUCUACAACGACAAGAACUUCGUCGAUCUGUCGGACUACUGGAAGAGCGGCACCUGGGACAUCAUCAGCGUGCCCGCGUUCCUCAACGUCUACGAGGAGUUCCCCACCGAGACCGACAUCACCUUCUACAUCAUCAUCCGGCGCAAGACCCUCUUCUACACGGUCAAUCUCAUUCUGCCCACCGUGCUCAUCUCCUUUCUCUGCGUGCUCGUGUUCUAUCUGCCCGCCGAGGCCGGCGAAAAGGUCACCCUCGGCAUCUCCAUUCUCCUGUCGCUGGUCGUGUUUCUCCUACUGGUGAGUAAGAUCCUGCCGCCCACCUCGCUGGUGCUGCCCCUCAUAGCCAAGUAUCUGCUGUUCACCUUCAUCAUGAACACGGUGAGCAUCCUCGUGACGGUGAUCAUCAUCAACUGGAACUUUCGGGGCCCGCGCACCCAUCGCAUGCCCCAGAUGACGAGGCGCAUCUUCCUCAAGAUACUGCCGGCCAUACUGCUGAUGCGUCGCCCGAAGAAGACCCGACUGCGCUGGAUGAUGGAGAUACCCAACGUGACUCUGCCCACCUCGACGUACUCGGGCAGCCCCACGGAGCUGCCCAAGCAUCUGCCCGCCUCGCUCGCCGCCACCAAGCCCGCCAAGAUGGAGAUGAUGGAGCUGUCCGAUCUGCACCAUCCCAACUGCAAGAUCAAUCGUAAGAUCCAGCACGGCGGUUCGUCGCAGGCGGGUGGACCUGGAAGCGAGGCACUCCAAGAUCGUCGCGGCUCCGAGAGCUCGGACUCGGUCCUGCUCAGUCCCGAGGCGGCCAAGGCCACCGAGGCCGUCGAGUUCAUCGCCGAGCAUCUGCGCAACGAGGACCUGUACAUACAGACGCGCGAGGACUGGAAGUACGUCGCCAUGGUGAUCGAUCGCCUGCAGCUGUACAUAUUCUUCGUCGUCACGACGAUCGGCACCAUCGGCAUACUCAUGGACGCGCCCCACAUCUUCGAGUACGUCGAUCAGGAUCGCAUCAUCGAGAUCUAUCGCGGCAAGUGAAUCCAUCGUCGUACGAUGACGAGUGUGUGUGUGUGUGUAUGACUCGUUGCGAAAGCACAACAAAACAAAGGCCAAAUGAAUGCUCCAAAGUCAAAAAAAAAAAACCAGUUGCGAAUGUACGGUAGAUAGCGUUUAAAAAAAAAAAAAAAAUGA